AGCACGAAUUUAUUCUAAAUUAUAUAUUACAAAGAUCAAAUUCACUUCAUUUUAUUUUGGGGUCCCCAGGUCAGCCUCCUUGCUGAUACACUAUGCCCUGACCCAUCUCUGAGCUGUGGUGACUUGCCAGUGCACUCUCUCUCCACCCCAGCCCUGUCUGUCAGCCCCUGCUCCCGGGGGGUUACCCAGACCCAAGCCCACCAAGUUAAACCCCAAACCCUUCCAAGAACAGCCCCGUGCCCCUGGCCAUGCCCAGCAGCCGGCCUCCCCUCCUUCAUCGGCCCACCACAUCCUUCUGCUGCAGCCGCCAUGGGCUCCCGGCACUUCCCGGCCCGGACCGUGCUCUUCGAGAAGGAGUCCAGCGGUGUCACGUACCGCGUGCCCGCCCUGCUCUACCUGCCCUGCGUGGCCAAGCUGCUGGCGUUCGCCGAGGAGCGGCUCAGCGCCGACGAUGCCCACGCCAACCUGCUGGUGCUGCGCCGCGGCACCAUCUACGGCAGCUACGUGGAGUGGGAAGACAUGCGAGUGCUGGAGACGGCAACGCUGCAGCACCACCGGUCAAUGAACCCCUGCCCCCUCUACGAUGAGUUCACGGGCACGCUCUUCCUCUUCUUCAUCACGGUGCUGGGCAGGACGCCUGAAGCCUACCAGAUUGUCACUGGCCAAAAUGUCACCCGCCUCUGCUGUGUCACCAGCGCUGACCAGGGCCUGAGCUGGAGCACAGCCACAGACCUGACACAGCAGGUCAUUGGGGCGACCAUCAAAGACUGGGCGACGUUCGCGCUGGGCCCCGGGCACGGGAUCCAGCUGCGUUCCGGCCGGCUGCUGGUGCCAGCCUACAGUUACCACAUCGACUGCAAGGAGUGCUUCGGGCAGCUCUGCAAGACCACCCCGCACUCCUUCGCCUUCUACAGCGACGACCACGGCCGCGGCUGGCGCUUCGGGGAGUUCAUCCCCAACCUGCAGACGGGCGAGUGCCAGCUGGUCUCUGUGGACGAGGAGGACGGAUCCAACGUCCUCUACUGCAACGCCCGCAGCCCCUUGGGCUUCAGGGUCCAGGCGCUCAGCACGGAUGACGGGGCCGUGUUCCACGGGGGGCAGCUGGUGCAGCGGCUGGUGGAGCCGCCCCACGGCUGUCACGGCAGCGUCAUCGGCUUCCCCGCGCCGCUCGUGUACGUCCGCGCCGCCUCCCGGGACGCCGUGCUGCCCCGCCGGGGCUCGGUUUGCCGGGCGCUCCGGGCCUUUGGGCGCCUGCCCACCCGCCAGGCGGGCGGUGCUGAGCUGCCCACUGGCAACCACCGUGAGCCAGAUGAGCCCGAUGAGGACCGUCCAUGCCCAGGGCAUCACGGUGAUGCCCACAGUGUCACCUCGGCCCAGGGGGACUCUGCAGCAACCCCCAGCCCCACUCCCUUCUUCCAAGCACCAACGUGGAUCCUCUACUCCCAUCCCACCAGCUCCAUGUCGCGGGUGAACAUGGGGGUUCACCUGAGCACCUUCCCCAGGGACGCAGAGAGCUGGACAGAGCCCUGGGUCAUCUACGAGGGCCCGAGCGCUUACUCGGACCUGGCGUACAUGGAGCUGCCCCACAGGGAUGCGCCGCUGGCCGGCGGCACGGCCAUCGCCUUCGCCUGCCUCUAUGAGAACGGGACGAGGUCUCCCUACGAGCAGAUCUCCUUCAGCAUGUUCACGCUGCACGACGUGCUCCAGAACAUCCCCCUGGCAGCCGCUGCUCCCCGCCGGGGCCGCGGGAGGAAGAGGAGGAGGAGGAGGAGCUGCUUCAUCUCCUAGAGCCCUCCCAGGGCAGCUCCCCACACCGCCCCAGUGCUGGAUCCUGGAGCACCAACCCAUAGGCUGGGUCCUGCCACCGUCCAGCACAGAGGCGUGUGACUGUCCCCACACUAGGGUCUAUCUCAUUUUUAUUGCUAUUUUUUAAAUUCUAUUUUGGGUGGGGAGGCUUUUGCCCCCAGCCCAGCCCCAGGCUCCUCUCCAAGAAAGAGCCUCCUCUGGAAACAGAUAUUUGGGGGGCAACAGCAGCAGUGGCAGCCAGGGGUACCCUGUGCCAUCCCUGUGUGCUGGCUCAGGAGAUGUGGUACCACCACCCUGCCUGAGGGCUGUCCUCUCUUGUUAGAAAUAGUUACGCCAUAUAAAUAUGGUUUAUCAUGUUAAAUUCUUUCUUUUUCAUGAAAAGGCUUUUUCUCAGUGGUGUCUCUGAAGUCACUCUGAGGGUUUGGGCUGGGGUAGAGUUCUGUUCCUUGAUUGUGGCUGGGAUGGGGCUGGGUUUUAUAUUUGGGCUGAUGAUGAAGAAAUGUUCGUAUUGCAUUACUUGUCUGUCUGGGCUUUUAGUUCUCUCUCUUCGUUUUUUCAUUACAAUUUUUUAUUAUUCAUUAUUAUUUCAUUACAUUUUCCUUUUCAUUACAA